CCCAUCAUUGUAUGUGCCCGACAAAUCUGUCUAACAUCAAGAGUGACUCGACCUUUGACAUCUCAAAAACCCUCCAUUUUGCCCAUGACGAAGGUUGAUCACUAACCAGGUUCUCUGCGCUCUUUCCCCAGACCGAAAGCCAUGCGUUUUGUCUUGCCCAAAUAUUCUCCUCGUGAUCGGGCAACUAAUUUGAAACCCCCAACGCUAUUUUGGCGCCCUCCUAUACCCUAAUAAAGCUUCGCAUUCGGGACUCGCAAUAUCAGCGACUUUGAACGAAGCGUGUAAGCUGUCCCACACCAUGUCAGAUUCAGUCGAAUCCGAAUGGUCAAAAACUUUCGUAUCGGCCGGCCGUUCGAAACCGUUCCUCCCAUGCAAGUCUGAAUGUCUCUCCGGGGAUGUAUCAGCUUCAACCUUGCUCAACGAUGACCCGCAGGCCGACCCAUUACAUCGCAUACAUAUCGGUGGUCACCAAAGUAUGGCGAUCGAACAACUGAUGAAAUUAAAGCAAGAACUCCGAGGUCUGGACUUGGAGUCCUUCUGGAGCCGACUGAUGGAACAUAUCACCUCGAUCUGCAACGCUCAAUAUGGAUUCGUAGCUCGGAGAGUUCGAGACGAUGAGACCGUCGGUGAUAUGGGGGAGCAUAAACCCCGCCUGUUUGGUACAGCCUUCUAUUACAAUGAUGGACAUCAAAACGUGGGAAUGCAUCGACACCGGUACUUUGCUGGAGGCAACCCUUUGUCUCAUAUGGACCAUGGAAAACCUUGCUUGAUUCCUGAGAAGUUAGGAUCUGUCACGUCAUUCGACCAAGACCAGCUCCCGUUCGCAGCAGAGGGCUACCUUGCAAUCCCGCUCUUCGCGGAAACCCAGUGCCUCGCCCACUUUGGUUUGAUGUGGUCGGAGUCAGGGUUGCAGACCCGUAAUCUCUCGUGGUCUUUGCUGGAAAUGGUUCUGUACUCGCUGGAAGAUCUGAUCGUUCAACGGAUCCGAGAGGAUACGACAAAGACCGACCGGCCUUCCAAAGAUAUCAAAAAUCCAUCCAAGGGCCAUAAAAUCGUCGACGAUGGGUAUUUGAAUGCUUUAUACGGGCACCCUGAUUUUUCAUCUCAACCCCUGAAGCCGUUUGCGCGGAGCCUGUCUCAUGAGCUGCGGACGCCGAUGCAGGGGAUCGUCGGGAUGCUGGACGUCAUGCAUGCUACUGUACGGGAAGCCAUUCAAGGUAAACCGUCUCCAAGGGCAGGUUAUGUUUUCCAAUCUCUCAAAGAAAGCAUUGAAAUGGUUCAAGAUAGUGCAAGACGAGCAGUUGAAGCUGCUGAUAAUGUUGUCCAUGCCUAUGAUAUGAACAUGCAAGUUCCUAAAACACCCCAAGUUGAGCGGGACAACGACCUAUUCGGCGGCCCCGUUCAGUCACCAAUCCCGACGUGCGAAAAUCGGCCGAGCAUCUUUGCUGAUGGUACCAACGUUGGAAUCAAUCCAUAUAAACGGCGGCGAAGCAAUCCACCGGAAUUCAAUGUGGGAUCGACGCCGAAGCAAAAGAUGCUGCGUGUUGCAGCAACGAAAGAACUAUCCCCUCGGACCGAAGAGGUCAAGAACGCGGUACUUGAAAGCGACAAAAUUAUUCAGGCCACCCCAGCACAUCAGAUCGAAGCUGUCAUGGCCAACAUGGUGGACCCCCGACCAUCAUUAGCAGUACGACGGUCAGCGCCACAUCUUCUGCUGGAAGGAAUCAAUAUAAACCUCAAGAGCCCAGCACUGCGAGUUACAAAACUCCGUGAUUUGCUCCGUCUGGUUAUCAAUGAAUCGCUUCAUGUUGGUGGUCGGCCUGACUUUGCAGUGACAAAUGGAACCGAAUUAGGGGAGAGAAUCGAGCUUCGCUCGCGGUCGUCCAACGGGGAAGUGUUUUCUAAAACGAUAGACUGGUCGGUCGACACUGCGUUGCCAGAUACUCUAUUCGUGGAUGAUCGCGACCUCGCGAAGUUGAUAUCAUGUGUUUUCCUGAAUGCGGUCAAAUUCACAAAUAGCGGUGUGAUUACUGUCUCUGCUACACUAGGCCGCAAAGUUGGUGAUGUUUUGAUUAACGUUCGGGAUACUGGAUCAGGUAUCCCAGAGGCUUUUCUGCCAAAUCUCUUUAAACCAUUCGCUCGGGAGGAUACAUCUACGACUCGAAGCAAAGAUGGUUUGGGAUUGGGACUUCUCGUAGCUAAAGGCUUGGCUAGGAAAAUGGGUGGCGAUUUAAUCUGUGUUCGUUCUGCGACCUCGGGUCCUGAUCGUGGUUCUGAGUUCGAGGUUAGAAUUCCUAUCACUCAGCCUGAACCACGUACUAGGCCAAUUGCCCCCACGACGAAGCUCUUAACCCCUCCCCAGCUCAGUGAUCCCUCAAGGAUGAGCCAACAGAGCAGCACAGGUCUGGAUGCACUAUUACCACCCGCAAUGCGGACCCCAGUCCAACAACCGUCUCCCAGUCUCACGGAUGAGACAUCUUCGAGGACACCUACACACUCCCGCUCUGUACCCGAUAUCAAGUCAUUUGGGGGCUCCAUAAAUGGAGAUGCUUAUGAUAGUAAACUGGGGGAGAAGCAUCCGCUGACGUUCCUUGUAGCGGAGGACAACAAGAUCAACCGACGGGUGCUGGUGAACAUGCUCAAAAGGCUUGGUUACCGGGAUGUUUAUGAGGCAUGCAAUGGGAGAGAGGCUGUGCGGAUUAUGCAGGAUGUUCUGGCGUCGCAGCGCCCUGAGGAGGCCACGAAUGGCUCUCACGCAGUCACGAACCAGAGUAGCGACUCAGACGAUCGCUCAAUCCUCAAGCCAUCACCAAAGUACCGCAAGAAACUCAAGCCGGUGGAUGUCAUUCUAAUGGACCUUUGGAUGCCAGAAAUGGAUGGUUACGAGGCUACCUCAAGGAUCUUGCAAUUAGUGGACCAAUACCACGGUCAAAUCCCUCCUAAUCCUGGGAUCAGCCAGCGUGCUACGGAUUCUCAUACUGCAAAGCCUGUUCGAACCACACCCCCGACGGUUCUUGCUGUCAGUGCCGAUGUGACUGAUGAUGCCCUGGGACGUGCGUCGAGAGUCGGCAUGAAAGGUUAUAUGACCAAACCCUACAAGCUGACAGAUUUGGAACGGUUCAUCAUGAGUUUCUGCUGCGGUGAUGAUACAGCAAAGCAAAACAAUGACUCAAUGAAGGCAUGAAAUAGUUGGGUCGAAUAAUAUUGACCGCCAUUUUUCCAUAUUUACUAAUCUCUUAUUUC